GAAACGUCAACAAUUUCGCAUCAUUUGGCGCGACACAAUACGUCGAUACAUAGAGGAAAUGGACAACUAUCAAAACAUGGAUCCCAUUCUGAUUUUCAACGGUGUGCACAUUUUCCCGUUCGAUGUGGACACGCUCGAUUCCAAAGAAUUGCUGAACGAUGCGAUUCUGGAUUUCUACAUGAAAUAUUUGUAUCAGGUGGUAUUGGCGAAGGAACAACGACCGAAAAUCGAAAUAUUCGCGAGCACUUUCUAUCAGAAGAUAAUGUGCGAAGACCAGGACAAUGGGGUAUCCCAGGACGUUCACAUUCUCGACAAAGACUUCAUCUUGCUGCCAGUCAACCUAAAAGAGCAUUGGUUUUUGGUCAUCGUAUGUUUUCCAUGGAACAUUGCGUGUGACUUCGACACCAUUGACUUGAAGCAGAUGCCACGCGUCAUCAUCCUGGACUCAUCCAUCGGUUUUCUCAAAUCCCAACAUUCCGGAUUCUUGAAGAAGUUGCACCUCUUCAUCUCGAAACAAAUCGCCCGAGAGUCAGGUCGAUCCAUCAAUGACUUGUCAGCCCGUUUGCCAACUGAUUUCGUACCAAUCGCACAGCAAUCGAACGAUUAUGAUUGUGGCCUGUUCCUGUUGGAUUUUGCGGAAAAAUUCAUCUUGGACAACUUUCCAUCGUCGGAAAACAACUUCAUUCCAACGUCAAACGACGACGCAAUUGAUUGCGAUAAGAAACGAAAAAAUAUCAAAGAUUUGAUUGAACAUUUGACAGCAACGGAGACAAAUCAACAGAAUCUGUUGACAUAUUUUAGCACAUAAAAUUCACAAAAUUAAACAUUUCAUACAUAAUGAUCUAAUCAUAAUUGAAUAAUAAUUAUUCAGUCUAAUAAAUGAAACAUGGACCAAA